CUGACUCUGUGGCUGUGUGUGUGAGGAUCGAAGUGAGAAAAUUGGGAAAACCGGUUGAGAUUUUGGGGGUUGAGAAGUGAGAAGUGAGAAAGAUGGGUCAGAUCCAGUACUCUGAGAAAUACUUCGAUGAUACUUACGAGUACAGGCAUGUGGUUCUUCCUCCAGAAGUGUCCAAACUACUUCCAAAGAAUCGGCUUCUUUCUGAGAAUGAAUGGCGUGCUAUUGGGGUUCAGCAGAGCCGUGGUUGGGUCCACUAUGCAAUUCAUCGCCCUGAGCCACACAUCAUGCUCUUCAGGAGGCCAUUGAACUAUCAGCAGCAGCAGGAGAACCAGGCUGUGCUGUCAAAGUGAUUGUUGUGAUGGAGCAGACCAUGUAAUCUCUAUAACUGAAAUGCUAGAUAAGGAGAGGUUAUUAUAUGUUUAAAAGUAAUUUGGAUGAUGUUUAUGUCCUGGUACACAUGUAGUGUAAUUCUCUCCUUUGGAGAAUUGCAAGUCUUUAGUGACUUCCAACUACCGUAAAUUCUGGUGUGUUACUAUGUAAGCUGUGGUGUUGGUGAAUUUAUGUCAUCGUACUGGUAUCCUCUAGUUUAUCUAUGGUCAAUGUACUGCUUUUCUUCUGUGGAUUCAA